GCCGUGUGAAAAUUGCAAGCCAAAAGUUCUUAGUUAACUGCAGCCAGGGAGGGUCAGAUUAAAAUGGAGGUGAAAAGAGUUGAUACAGAGUGGGUUUCAUUCUAAGCCCCCCCUUUUUUUUUACUGAGUUUGUUGUUUUAUUGGUUAACUUAUUGAAUUUAGAGAUGGAUUGCAUUGGUCAUGUGAAGACCAGAGGAGAAGCAGCAUUUAAAUAGUGACAGACAAUUUUGAAUGCCGUAGUGUAUAUAUACUCAGAAUAUUUUUAGUAAAGAAGCUAGAGAGCCCACCAGAGAUUUUAUCCUCAUCUUCACCCAACUGCAAAAUCAAAAGUUAAGAAACAGCAUCUAAGGGCACGAUUUCGGGGCGAAAGAAUCUAGAGGAUGGCUCUGCAUGACUGCUUGCUUCUGAACUUGGACCGUUUCGUCUCCAAUCACACUCCAUCGCACUGCAAUGUCUCCAAUCACAGUGUGGAUCUCCCCCCGAGUGAGGACCGGUUCUACCCGGGGAUCCUCUAUGUCAUCCCGGCAAUCUAUGGGGUCAUCAUCUUGAUAGGCCUCAUUGGCAACGUCACCCUCAUCAAGGUCUUCUGUACCGUGAAGUCCAUGCGCAACGUGCCAAACCUGUUCAUCUCCAGUCUGGCUUUGGGCGACCUGCUCCUCCUGGUAACGUGUGCUCCCGUGGAUGCCAGCCGCUACCUGGCCGACAGAUGGCUGUUUGGCAGGACUGGCUGCAAGCUGAUCCCCUUUAUACAGCUUACCUCGGUGGGGGUGUCUGUCUUCACACUCACGGCUCUCUCGGCAGACAGGUACAAAGCGAUCGUCCGGCCAAUGGAUAUCCAGGCGUCUCACGCCCUGAGGAAGAUUUGCCUCAAAGCAGCAUUGAUCUGGGUCAUCUCCAUGCUUCUGGCCAUCCCAGAAGCUGUGUUUUCUGAUCUCCAUCCUUUCCACGAGGAAAGCACCAACCAGACCUUCAUUAGCUGCGCCCCAUACCCACACUCCAAUGAGCUGCACCCCAAAAUCCACUCCAUGGCUUCCUUCUUGAUAUUCUACAUCAUCCCACUGUCGAUCAUCUCUGUCUACUACUACUUCAUUGCCAAAAACCUGAUCCAGAGUGCUUACAACCUGCCUGUUGAAGGGAACAUACACGUCAAGAAGCAGAUAGAAUCCCGGAAGCGCCUUGCCAAGACAGUGCUGGUAUUCGUGGCCCUCUUUGCCUUCUGCUGGCUCCCCAACCACGUCAUCUACCUGUACCGCUCCUACCACUACUCCCAGGUGGACACCUCCAUGCUGCACUUCGUGACCAGCAUCUGUGCCCGCCUCCUGGCCUUCACCAACUCCUGUGUUAACCCUUUUGCCCUCUACCUGCUGAGCAAGAGUUUCAGGAAGCAGUUCAACACCCAGCUCCUCUGUUGCCGGGCUGGCCUGAUGACCCGGUCUCACAGCACCGGCAGAAGUACCACCUGCAUGACCUCCUUUAAGAGUACCAACCCCUCUGCAGCCACCUUCAGUCUCAUCAACAGAAACAUCUGUCAUGAGGGAUACGUCUAGAUUGACCCUUGACCCUGCCCCCCUGGGUACUCUUGGUUUUGCUUUGUGGCUGGUAAGGAACCCUCGCAUCUGUUUUUGUCGAUGUGCCCCCUAAAUACCCUUUGGAAGGCUCAUGAGUGGGGAAGGCAGGUUGAGGAGAGGCCCAAAUGGAUCACUAUUAUGCUGGAAAGGCCCAUCAAGGCUUACAUUUUCCAUUUCAACUUGUGAAUCCUUCUUCUGAUGUACAACAAACUUGCCCUUAUUUAGAAAAGGGACCAAAUAGAAAAUUAUUAUUUUAAGCAUUAAGCCCUAAUAUACAGGUGUGGCCAAUUAAAUCAUAGAAACUAUGUGAACAACCAGAUUUAUACAGCAGAAAAUUUGUACAUUGAAUGCCCACUUUGUGAAAGCCUUCACCUUGUCAUUUCUUUAAGCAGAAGCUAGUGCUUUAAAAAUAUGAUUUGGGUCAUUUUCAGGAAUAUUUAUAAUCACAAACCAAGAAACUUUUUUGACACUCAAUAUGAAAAUUCAACCCUAUGAAAGAGUUCCAUAUAUAAAAGAAAAAACAGUCCCCAAAUUGAUAACAUUGGAAGCCACUUUAAAAUAAAGCCAAGUGUUGAUUGUUUUUAAAAGAUAUUACUAAGGACAUAGGAAAAACACUUGACACAUCAUUUUAAGGCAAAACCACAACCAAACACAUAGACACACAUAUAAAAAGAUCCAUGUGACUGAAUGUGGAAUAAUAUCUCAUAUUUUGAAUUCUAACUUAAUGGAGAUUCUUUUUGCUGUUACCCAAUUGUAAUCAGUUCCACCAUAGAAGAGAAAUCCCUUGGGGGAAAAUUGAUCAUGCUAUCAAUUCAUCACACGUUGUAAGUACAUAAAGUAUAGUAUUUAUCUGUGGUAUACAGGUUUUCAGUCAAAUGUACUUACUUAGAUUUCGCUGUAAUCUGCUACAUUGAAACAGUAGUUUCAUAGGAGAAAAAAAGGAUCAUAUCUGAGUGAAAAUAGAAACAUGUUCACAUUUAACACAUGCUUCACCAAAAGUCUGUGGGAGGAAAUGGAUACAAUUUAACGAACAUGUAUUUCUAUCUGACUAUGUAUAACAAAGUUACGGGAGGCUUAGCUUUAAGAAGAGCUACAGAUAUAUUAUGUUUCUACUUAAGAGUAUUUACAAAACAACCCAUGUGCAGAAAAAUACUGGACUUAAAUAAUUUUCUUUUUCUAAGUGAGUAAAAGAAUUUGACUAUCUUACUUUGAAAACCUGAAUCAAGUUUUUGUUUUUGUUUUUGACUCGAGGACAGUCCAAUUGGACAGAUUGCAAACAUGUUAACCCACUUUCAGAUAAAUCCAAAUUUUGCAAAUGUGCCCUAAUGUGUAUCUCUAAUAUCCUAAGACCAUUUUAGUUCUGGUUUUCUCUAGGUGAAAUAGAACAGUCAACUCUCUUUUCCACAUGGCACAUAUUAAAAGAUUUUUGUCUCUUGAUAGAAGGAAGCGCUCCCUGUCUGCAGAGCCUUAGAAGUUAGGACCUAGACAGUUGUAAAGAUCUGUGUUUACGGUUGUACUAGUUGGAGUGAAACCACUUCACUUCUGUCUGCUGCAUGCACUUAUAUACUGGACACACGUGCUUUCCCCAUGGUCCACAACAGUUUGGACAGUUUGAAAAGCCAGACAGAUAGUAUAGCUGAAAGAACCAAGAUUUUUAGCUUAACAUUCCAACUCUGUCUCUAGCUAUAGGAGCUUGGCUAUCAAUUUCCCUUUUCUAGGCUCUUUUUUUCAUCUCUAGAAUGAGAGACAGAAGGUCCCUUCUAUUGCUAAAACCCUCUGUGUCUCAACAUUGUGUCUCGUUCUAAAGCAUUUAUGGAGCCCACCUGCUCACAGUUACCCCACUUCUGCUACCUCUGCAACAACUCCUCUUGGCAAAUCCUUUAACCACCAUUCCACACUCAUGUUCACAUUUGCGGAAUGGAAGGAGAUAGACCAUUCUAUGGCUGCCAGGGGCUCCUUGGAAUAAUUUGUAUGAAUGAUGUCCCAUUGUCUUGUUAUAUUUUGGAAUUAGAGCUAAAAGAGAUAUAACAAAACACAUUGCUCAAUGUCCUCAUUAUAUAAAGGGCACUCUUGCUAUUCACCCUUCUUCAACCUCCAUGUUCCUAUUAUCUCCAACCACUGCUCCACAAUUUUACCCUUAGCUUUCUUCAAAACUCUUGAGUAUGACUCCACAUCUAGUUAGUUGCUAAGGUAUAUAGCAUUCUGGGUACCUAGCAGGACUUGUUCAAGCACCUCUGAUCUACCUGCUUCCAAAGACAUUUUAGGAGUAGGACUCAUCUUAGUGUUUCCUUCAGUUACCAUCAUGGCAUGGAUUGUGUCUGAUCUCCUCCCUAGCUUCCAGAGAAAGAGUGAGGAGAUUGAAGUUUAGGUCUAGCUGUGUGUCGUUAGGCAAAUCAUAUCACCUCUUUGGCAUUCUUAAAUGAAAGGGUGGGAGGAGGUCUUUGCCAGCCAGUGAUCUAGAACUGGUAAAAAUAUUUUGUGAAUCAACUGAUGGAUUGACUCAAACCUGACUGGCUUGACUUAGCUGGACCCUUCUCUAGGGGAGUCACAUUUUUAUUUCACCUCAACAAUCAAAAUCACAGUGGAAGAGACCGCCACCCUUAUGUCAUAUCAGAUCUCUGCUAGGGUGGAUGGAGAGUGGCAGAGGCUUGGAGCUAAGACAUUUCACGCCUGGCUUCCAAAGAUAAUCACGUUUAACAUUUAUAUAUUUGGCGAAGGAAAAAAAAUCAAUUUUUGCUGUGGAAAACCAUCUGUGUUUAUUCAAUUGACAGAUACUACCUUUCAAUCUGUCUUAAAUUGAGCCUCCCUAAGGCAGGCAGUUCAAUAGUGAUAGAUUAAGCAAUAAACAAAGCAGUCUUCUCACCAAUGACUGCUGCUGGCAGAGUAGGUGCAGCUGCUGGUAGGAGUGGUAUUCCACAGCUAGAUGAUCCUCCCAGCCUGGCGCGGACAAGGCCCCUCCCUGUGGUUGAUUUGAUGAUUCCCCAUAAAUGGGGAUGGCUACGCCCUGUUCUUCUGGCUGCCCUCACUCCCCUACUGACCGGGCCUUCUGCCUCAUUAACAAGUCCUGGAUUUCCUGGUUUGCCCCACAAAUAAUUUGGUUUCAUUUUGAAGGAUGGAGAACCCUUAGAUAAAUAAACAGUUGAGAGUCUGCAUCACAUGAACCAAGCUCAGCUUAUUAGGAAAAUGCACACUGAACAAAAAUAAAUGAACUUGUCCAUAGGACGUGGGCAUACUUAAGUUAGAAACUCUUCAUUUAUGCCCAAAGUGGCAGUUGGUUAUUGGUUUCAAAAUCUAUGCACCAAAUGGCUUCUAGUAGUAGAGAUUAGCUUUGUAUGGGGACUACAAAUUGAAUGACAUCCUCAAUCUGGGACUAAAAGGUAGCUAAGUCACUUGUCCCGGAAGCCAGAUACAGGCCAUCACCCUGGGAACCUGACUAUAUGAGAGUAGAAUAAACAGUAUGCACUUGUGCCAUGAUGAGCUGAGAGGAAUGCAAAGCUUCUUGCCAUUUGUGCCCUCCACAUCCACACCAGGAAGUGCCAUUUUUAGACAGUAGCUUAAAAUUACCUCUGGGUUUCUAGGAGGAAUGGGCACAUUUUGCACAUUUGUCUAAGUUUGGGCUGAAUUUUCACGAAAUGGAUUAACAGCUAAAAACAAAGGAAUUAUUCACUCUCCUGGGACCAGGAUUUGUGUGAGCUAUUCAAUGAAACCAAGCCUUAACAAGCUCUAUUUUAUUCUGUAACCGGCCGGUCAUUCCUCUCAGCCCCCACCUCGAUCCCCAACCCCCCUUCCCUCCCCACGGGCCAAACACUAACACAACAAAUUUAAUAUCAAGCAAUCUCUUAGCUUUGGCCUUUAAAGACAUGCUUUUUUAGGUGGGGGCUGAGCAUUAACUCCAGCUGAAUAUAUCCAGAGCAGGCAACAAAUAGCACAUUGCAAGCAGACUGUUCUCGUGAAAUUUCACAUUAGAAAUGCAUGCAGUGGAAUUUAUCUAAAUGUUUAAAAAGUUUAAGAACCCCUGAGUUAAAAUAUUACAUGUCCAUGAUUAAUUGAAAAAAAGACCUUGCAUUUACCUAGUGUUCAUGGUCUAUAAAGCACUUUACUACUCAUUGCCUCAUCUAAUCCAAGCCUUCCCUGCUGGCCAAAGAGCUGCUUUACAUCACUGACCAUGGAAAUUUGCAAAUGACAUUUACUAGUGAUCACCUAUUAUUAGAUUAAAAGGCCCAUGAAACCAUGAGACUGAAACAUCUGAAACUGCUGAUAAUGGAUCCUAUUUGACUACGAAAAGGUGAUUUCAUAUGGUUCAACUUGAUCUGAUUGCAUUCAUUCUCAUGGCUCGCUCUGUGAUACUGAAGAACAGAGCUGAUCAUUGCUUCCUCAGUUUACAGGAUAGUCUGUCGCCCCCAAAGCGACUCUGUUUAACUUGGCACAAGAGAGUGAAUGGUGUUGUUGUUGGUUGCCCCAAGAGAAGCCUACCAGCGGGAACAGCUUUCUGCAUCACAGUGAACUAGAAAGCUAAGCUAAGAAGGAUGGGACCCUUGGGAGCAAGAACACAAGCCACGGAACACACCACAUUUGUGGGAAACCUGGAUGAAGUUCUGUGGCUCUAGAUAUGCUGGAAGGAAGGGGCUCAGCUUCACCCAGCACCAGUGAUGUGCCAAAUGCUGUGCCAAGCACAUCGCUAUUCAUCUUCACAAGCACCUUAAAAAGUGUUCAAAUGAUGAAGCUGAGACCCAGGGAGAUUACUUCACGAUCCCAAGGUCACAUGGCACAGUUGAAUUGGCAGAGCUUUAAUGUGGACCUGGAGCUCUUUAAGUUCCUACUCUAGAUUUUGACCUAAGGCUUGAACUAGUGUGAAAGCUGAAGAAUAUUCACAAACGUCAUCGAAGAUGUUUCUAAGCACCUAAGUUAAGGACUCGCGGCAGGCAGAGUCUGAAAUGCAGCACGAAGUUGGUGAACAAGGAAAUCCCUUAGCUCAGUUGCCUCCAGAGACACAAUUCAGUUACAACCAGAAGCCCUGGGAAGAUUCUGCCCCCCCCCCCCCGCCCCAGUUUGUGACUAACCAAGAAGAAAACAACCUUGUGUAGAGGUGCAGAGAGGACCCAAGUGAAAACACUCCGUCCAGGGACCCUUUGAAUCAGAAUUAGUUGGAGAAAAGGAGUCAGGAAGAGGUGGAACCAUUUACUCCCCUGCUUCUCCUCUCCAAUGAGUAAGAUAUGACAGGGGAUGAUUUCCUAGAGCCUGGAGACCCCGGCUACCUGAAUAGUCUCUAAUAGUAAAACCUCUCCCGGACUAAGGGGCCAAGCCAUGAGCUCAGGUUUGGACUUAGGUCUCUGAGUGCCCAGCCCAAAGUGCCCUGUCACAAACCCAAACAUCACCAUCUCUCGGCCCUCUCUGAGCUCGCAUUCUGGAAGAUUAUUUUCCUUUUUUUUUGCCAAUUUCAAAUUCACUCCCAGAGCCGUAUAAUAACAUGGAAAGACUCAGAUAAUUUUAUGAUCUUUUAAAAGGAUCAUUUUAAUGGACAGUAAAACCUCACACAUUCAACACCUCAUUAAUUCCCAGACAAGCUUGAAAAUUUUGGUAUAACUCAGGAUUUCAGUGUUCAAGUUACAUUAUAUAAUUUGGGCCUGUUGUGAAUCCAAAAUUUUCAUCACAUUGCUUCAGUUUUAGCUAUCGAUAUUGAUAAUGUACAACAUUAAGAAAGUAAAACUGAUUUUCUUUAAAAAAAAAUUUUUUCUGUAAUCUGGUUUAACUGAUUCAAACAUGACCUUUUUUGUAUCCAAAUCAGCAAGGUUGUGGGUAGUAAAUUUGUUGAAAUGGUCAAUUCAGUGAGUUGUAAAAAUACAUGGCACAAACUUGUUUAAUGUCAUAUUCUGUUUUGUUUUAAACAUUAGGCCCAUAUUUUGUAAAUUAUAAUUGUACUUGUUACUAUUAACUGUAAAUAUUUAUUGCAUUAAAAAUGUGCUGUGUGUUAAAUAACUCAGAACAAGUUCCAGGUGUGAUACUUAGUAUAAAUAAUGUCAUGGCUUGGCUUUGCCUAGACUCCUUAGACUAAUGAAUUAUUUAUAAGAAAUUCACAAUAUAGUAUGAAUGAUUCAGAUCCUUUUAAAUG